AUGGCGAUAAUGGGUGAACUAUGGACUUUCAUAGGCUCUUCUUUCGCAACCCUAGCGUUUAUAUACACAGUCUUCCAAAAUUUCUUCCCCUACCAGCUCCGUGAACCCUUCGAGCCAUUAGUGCGAAAAUUCAUCAAUCUUUUCAACCCUUACACACAGAUAAAGUUCUUUGAAUAUAACGGUGAGCGGUUCGAGCGAAACGAUGAUUAUGCUGCGAUCCAGAACUAUCUAAAAGGCUCUUCUUCUCAAGCCAAGAGACUAAGGGCUAACACAAACAAAGGAAGUAAAUCUACUAUCCUUAGCAUGGACGAUCACGAAGAGAUCACUGAUGAGUUUAAAGGAGUCAAGGUUUGGUGGCAAUCGAAGACGUACCAAACCGAAAGCCGGUCAUUUUCCUAUCUCCCUAAAGCCGACGAAUCCAGAUUAUACGUGCUCAAGUUCCAUACACGUGACAUGCAAAUAGUUACAGAGAGGUAUAUUGUUCAUUUCCAGAAUGAAGGAAAGAAAAUGGAGGUUAAGAACAGAGAGAGGAAGCUUUAUUCGAACAAUCCAAGCCAGAGUUGGUCUGGUUACAAACAGACGAAAUGGAGCCACGUCACUUUCGAGCAUCCCGCCACGUUCAAUACUCUUGCUAUGGAUACUAAGAAGAAAGACGAUAUCAAGAACGAUCUGACCAAGUUUAGUAAUAGCCAAGAAUACUACAAGAGGAUCGGGAAAGCUUGGAAAAGAGGGUAUCUCUUGCACGGUCCACCGGGAACUGGCAAAUCAACGAUGGUCGCUGCGAUGGCGAAUCAUUUGAAUUAUGAUGUUUAUGAUCUUGAGUUGACAACGGUUAAGGAUAACACAGAGCUGAGGAGGCUACUGAUUGAAACUUCCGGGAAAUCGAUAAUAGUUAUUGAAGAUAUUGAUUGUUCUCUUGAUUUAACCGGUCAGAGAAAGUCCAAGGAGGAGGAGGAGGAAGACGAAGAUGAGAUUAGCCCGGCUGAGAUGCAAAUGAAGAAAGAUCACGGUCAGAAUAAAGGAAGUAAAGUGACAUUAUCAGGGUUGUUGAAUUUCAUUGAUGGGUUGUGGUCAGCUUGUGGUGGUGAGAGGAUAAUUGUGUUCACUACUAAUUUCAAAGAUAAAUUAGAUCCGGCAUUGAUACGAAAAGGAAGAAUGGAUAAGCAUAUAGAGAUGUCGUAUUGCGGUUACGAAGCAUUUAAAGUGCUGGCAAGAAACUAUUUGUAUGCUGAGGAAGAAGAAGAAGAUGGUAAGUUGUUUAAAGAGAUUAAGAGGUUACUUGAGGGAGAAAAAAUCAAGAUGACACCGGCUGAUGUGGGAGAGAAUCUGUUGAAGAAGGCAGACGAUGAAGCUAACAAGAUUUGUCUAAAUCGAUUGAUUGAAGCGUUGAAAGAGGAGAAAGAAGAAGCUAAGAGGAAGGUUGAGGAAGAGAUGAAGAAGAAGGAAGAAGAGGAAGAGAUUAACAGAAAGCAGAGAGAUGCGAAGAAGAAAAGGAAGGAAGAGAAGGAAUAG